AUGAAUGACAAUGAAAAAUGGCUUUAUGAAAUUAAUAAGAAGAUUGCGGCAUUGACAAAAAUAGUCUUUCAGCUGCAUACAGAAGCAACAGAUAGAAAAGAUGAAGUUGCGCGUAUGAAAGUACGUUAUGAAGAAGAACUUGAUCAAGCUUUCAAAGCUUCACAAGAUAGAAUCGAACAAGCACAGAAAGAAGUUCAAAAUUACAAGCAAUCAAUUGAGAAAACUGUUAGACAAGCAUAUGAAUCGGAAUUUAACAAGAUCAAAAAGCUUUACGAUCAAGCAAAUGAUCAACUUAACAGUAAAUCAAAGAGUAUUAUCGAUAAUUCAAACAAAAGAUUAAAUCAAUUAAAGAAAGAAGUCGAAGACCUCAAGAAAAAGGCAGAUUCACAGUCAGCACUGUUCGACAAUGCCUCUAAAGAGCUAGAAAAGAUAGCAGCAGAUACAGUUGCGAAAAUUGAAGAUAAACAUAAAAAAGAUCUUGCGAAACGUGUUACAGAAGCAAACAAGAAGUACAAUCAACUUGUUGUUGCUACAUCAAAGAAAGAAGAAGAACUCAAAGCUCGUUUUGAAAAAGAACUUCAAGAUCUUAAAAAUCAAUUAGCUGCAGGACAAAAGAAUCAAAGUGAAAUGCUUUCAUCAAAGCAAAAAGAUAUCGAUAGUAAAAUCAAAAGACUCGAAAUCACCCGUGAUCUCGUUCAAAGAGGAGUUGAUGAAUUAAAACAAUUAUUAGAAACACAGAAAAAGCAAGUUGAAGACAAACUUAAACAGAUCCAAGAACAAAGACAAAGACUUGCCAAUCAAAGUGAGAUAGAACUACACGAAUUAAAGCACAAAAUGAAAGAAUCUCAAAAUAAUCAUGACCAAGAAAUGGCAAAAAUACAAUCAAUGAUUGACCAAGCACAAGCAGAUCACGAGAAAGCAGUCAAUGACCUAAAAUCACAAGUAGAAAAAGCAAAACUCGAACACGAACAAAAACUCCAAGAAUUGCAAAAACAAUCGAAGAAUUCUGCAGAAGAUGGUGAACAGAAAAAGAAGAAAUUACUGCAGCAGCAUAAACAAGCAAUGGAUGAUCUAAAAGCCAAACACGCGCAGUUCGUUUCCGAAUCAGAAAAACGAGAACAAGAGUUACAAAAACAACUUGAAGAUUUGCAAAGAAAACACGAAUCAUCGAUGAAAAAGAUCAGAGGAGAUAUAGAGAAAGAAAAGAAAUCUCAUGCUGAUAACAUGGCAAUGUUAGAUACACAGCAUCAACAGGAAUUACAAAGACUUGCUGAAGAACAUGAAAAAGAAAUGAUGAAACUUAAAAAAGAAUAUGAAAACGCUUCAAACAACUCAAACAGUUCUUUGAAAGACAUUUUAGACGAAAUAGAAAGAGUAAGAGAAGAAAUAAAGAAGAAAAUAAAAGAAGGAGAAGAUGAAAUAAUAAGGAAACAAAAAGAAAGACAAGAAAUGGAAGAAAAACUAAAAUCAGAUCAUGAAAAAAGAAUGUCAGAAAUUAAACAAAAUCAUGAAGAAAGAAUGAAGAAAUUAGAUGAAGAAACUCAAGCUAAAAUAGAUGAAAUGAACAGAAAACACCAGGAAAACAUGAAAAGAAUAGAAACAGAAGCACAAGAGAAGCUAAGUCGUGAUUCUGCUGCUUUAAAGAAUGAAUUAGAAAGUCAAAGACAAAUUCAACUUUCUGAAUUAAAAGCAACUUGGAAAAAGAAAAUUAAUGAAAUUAAACAAAAAAUCGAGUCAAGACAAAAAGCUAAAGCUGAUGCAGAACAUUUCUUACAAGAAGAAACUGCGAAAAGACAAGCAAAGAUAGAACAACUUCGUCAGGAACUCGAAACACUUAAAAAGAACUGGGCAGAAGAAAAAGAAAAAAUUAAUAAAGAAUAUUCAGAAAAACUCGAAAAAUUGAAGAAAGAAAAUGAAGAAGCAGAAAGAAAAGCUGAAGAACAAAGACGUCUUAAAGAUGCAGAAUAUCAAAAAGCAAUAGAUGAUCUCAAGAAACAAUUGAAUGAUGAAGAAGAAAAGAAAAAGAAAAUCAUUUCUGAUUUGGAACAAAAAAUUCAACAAAAAGAAAAAGAAAAUGAAGAAGAACUUAAGAGACAAAAUGAAGAAAUCGAGAAGCUGACGCAAAAGAGACAAACCGAAAUCCAUGAAUUGGAACUUAAGAUCAAUGAUCUCAAAGCAGAAACAAACAAGAAAGUCCAAGAAAUCGAUGAAGAAAAGAAGAAAGAAUUGAGUAAAUUGCAACAAGAAUAUGAUGAAAUAAAGAAGAAAGGAGAACAAGAAAUAGAAAGAUUGCAAAAGCAAUUGGAUCAAAUAAAGAAAGAACAUGAGCAGCAGCUGAAUGAAAUCAAAGCUAAAAUAGCUAAAGAGGAAGAAGAUGCAAGACAAAGAUUAGAUGCAAUGAAACAAGAAAAUGAAAGAAUUUUGUCAGAAAUUAAGCAAAAACAUAAAAAAGAAAUGGAUGUUUUGAACGAAGAACUAAGGAAACUACAGGAUGAAGAGUGUGAAUUAGAGAGGAAACAUAAUGAGAGAUUAGCACAGCAACAAAGAGAUUAUGAAAAUAAGUUAGAUAUUCUCAAAAAGAAAUAUGAUGCAGAGAAAGAGAAAAUUACAACUGAAAUCGCAAAAAUUGAGCAAGAGAAGAAACAAAGAAUUGCGGAACUUGAAGAAGAAACGAGAACAUGGGAAGAUAGAUAUAAUAACAGAGAAGCAAGACCUGAAGAUCUAGAAAAGAUUCAGAAAUUGGAAGCGUUGAUUGCUGAAAGAUCUGCUGCAAUUGAAAAAGUACAAAGUGAACUAAAGAGAUAUCAAGCUGAGUUGUUGAACAGAGAAACAACUUAUAAUAAAGUUUUCAACAACAAACCACAGGUAAAUGUUCUCUCGGCAUUGGAAAGGAAAGCAAGAAGAGAUGCAAUUAUUGCUGCGGCAAAUUCGACUUCAAAACUUCCUCCUGUUAAAGACUCACAUGAUUCUGCUCGAAACAAAUGA